AUGGAAGCAAUUUUACUUGAACAUGAUGAAACUCUUCAACAUGAAACUACUCUAGAAACAACAGCAACAACAGAAACAACAAUUUCGGUGGUCGACACAACAGGUGUAGUAUUAAUUGUAGUUCCCUUCAUUGUACUGAUUGGUCUAUUCUUCAUUAUCAUUGUGCUGUGUAAGAGAAGACUCCAUAGAGGAAUUAAGAUUGCAAAGGUCGGAAAAACCAAUCACAUUCAAAUGAUGAUUCAAAAUCAAAAGAUGAUGAUGAAUAAGCAGCUAGCAUCUUCAAAGAAGGAUGCUCCAAGGAAAACCUUCGGAUCAAAGAAGGAAUAUGAAAUGACUCAAUCGUUUUCAAAGUACGUUUGGGGCAUUCAGGAAAAGGUGAUUAAUACACUUAGUGCAGUAGAUAUGAAACAUCAUCAAGUUGAUGGUUUCGAUUCAAUUUACACUCAAUCAAGAUAUGCCUUAUCGAGUCCUAGCUCUCCUGCCACAAUGCCCAACUUUAGAACACCAACCCAACAAGCAACCACUGCCAAUCUGAAAAACUCAUGGCAUUGGAAAGCAGAAGAAUCCACAAGCAAUCAAGAUUCACCAAAACCCAAAGCGAUACCAAAUUCUUCCAGUCAAAUUCUAACACCAAAACGAAGAACAGAUGCUAUGGAAAGUCACCUUAAAACAAGUCAGUCAUUCAUUGAUGAUGAUGGACUCGACGAAUACACAACCAUUCACAAUAGAAGAGACAAUGAAGCUCUCCUUCAAGAACGUAAAUCUCUAUUAGAAACUCAACCAAUUUCUUACAAACAAUUCAUUCAACAUUCAAUCAUAAUCAUUGAACAAGCAGCUGGUUUAAGUUGUGAUUUACCUUGUAAUCAAUUGGGAAUUACCACUCGUCAAAUCAUUGAAUAUAUUCGAGAUAGAGUUGGUUUUUCACAGGAAGAUUGUGAAAGAUAUUUGAAAUUCUUAGAAAAGGCCUCCUAUUCCUCCGAAAAGACAUGUAUCACAGAUAGAGAAUUUGAAUUGUUUUCAUCAAGUUUCCUCUCCAUUCUCCAACAAAUUGAUUCCUACUAUUUACAAACAACUUUAUUGUAA